UUCAAUCCAUAGUAUCUUACGGGCGAUAAAAUACCUUUAAAUUAAUACGGUACUGAGGCUCCCACAGCGUUUGCUCAAUGCGCACGCCCGGAAAUUCUCUGAAUCUCUCAGCACUGAGGGUCACGCACUCGCCCACACUCGCCUAGAGAUCGUGCGCCUCGCCGACCGCGAGAACGCCAGUGCCGGGAAACCAGACCGCCCGCCAUGCAGGAUCGGCUGCAUUCCCGAACAGUUGCUGAACAUUAUAAUGCGUUGGAGGAGAAAGGUCUACGACAAAGAAAUCAAAGUCGGAUUGUAUAUAUGAGAAAUUUCAACAAUUGGAUCAAAAGCAUGCUCAUAAAUGAGUACAUAGGCAAAGUGAAACAAACUAAAAAUCACGGUGCCUCCUUGAGGGUAUUGGACAUGUGCUGUGGGAAGGGUGGUGAUUUACUCAAAUGGAAGAAAGCCAACAUCACACACUUGAUUUGCGCGGAUAUAGCGGAGGUGUCCCUAGAGCAAUGUCAACAACGGUACAAUGACAUGACGAGUAGGAGUUCCAACGACCGAGGUUUUGCUCCUAUUUAUACUGCUGAGUUCAUUACAGCAGACUGCACAAAGGUUCGUUUGAGGGAGAAGUAUAAGGAUCCCAGCAUGCAGCUGGAUUUUGUGAGCUGUCAGUUUGCGUUCCACUACAGCUUCGAGUCCUUGUCACAGGCGGAAUGUAUGCUGAGAAACGCCAGUGAGACUCUGAGGCCAGGAGGCUUCUUCGUAGGCACCAUUCCGGAUGCAUAUGAUUUGGUUUCCCGGUGGCAGAAAUGCGACGACAACAAAUUCGGCAAUGACGUGUAUAGCAUCGACUUUUUAUGCGAAGACAAAGAACGACCGCCGCUUUUCGGCGCCAAGUAUAAUUUCCACCUGGAGGGAGUGGUCGAUUGCCCAGAGUUCUUGGUGCAUCUGCCCACCCUACGUAAAUUGGCUUUGAAGAACGGUCUCGAGUUGGUAGCAUUCGAAAGGUUCGAUACGUUUUAUGAACGUUUCAAGGACGAAGGCAGAUCCCUGUUGGGUAACAUGCAAGCGUUAGAAACGUAUCCGCCGUUUCACGAGGUGCCGCUGCUCGGCAAUUCGGAGCAGGAUUAUCAGCACGCCGUUCAGUACAUGCAGAACCUGCCUGAUCAUCGUAAAAUCGGCACCCUCUCGCAGUCGGAAUGGGAUGUCACUUCGUUGUAUGCAGUGUUCGCAUUUCGAAAGAUGAAGACAGUCUGGAACAGCGAGGGAAAGGCGGAGUAUGUGGCGUGAAGUUUGUGUAAAACUUGUCGGAGCCACUUAUGAUGAAAACAAAAUUAAUUAAAAGUAUCUGUGGAGUAUCAAUUGAGUCUAUGAAGGAUGUUCAAUCUGACAUAUUGUUGAUCGGCUUUUCAGCAUUCUUUUAACUUCCGUUCUUGGCUAUAUGAUAAUCAAUUAUGAAAAGAAAUUUGUUUUGUUACAAUAACUGCCGCAGAAAAUGCCGCAAACGCAGGUAUUUAAAUAAAAGUGAACGAAGUGAUGUAUAUUUAACCCUUUGCGGUCGGAGCCGCCCGACGAGCGAGCGUUGGUCUCAAAUUUCUUUCAAAGGAAACUUGACUCUUUAGUCUACUAUACCCAUGCGUAUGUUAUCGUUCAGAAAGAUAGACGUACGCGAGCCGCUUCAUAAUACGUCUCCGCAGCUGUAAA